AUUAUUUGCCAUAAAAAAAUGCUUAGUUGGUUCAAAAAAAAGAAGCCUGAAACAAAUUAGCCAUAAUAAGAGGAAAAAGAUGAAAGUGAUUUUGUUGAGGUUAAAAAAUUAUAAAAAUUAAUAGGAUGAUACUUAAGUUGUUACAAAUGAGGAUAAAGAAUUAGAAGAGAAAGGAUUUGAUCCAAUAGCUUAAGUUUAAGAAUAGGAUAAAGAGAAUGAAGGAAUUGCUGAUCCUGAUAAAUUGGAAUAUAUUGGUUAUUUGGAUCUAUCAGGAGAUGAAAUGCUUUAAGUGGUACUCAAUUUAAAAAAUUUUCCAAAUGAUGAUGAAAUUCGUCAUGUUGAAGGAUAUGAAAAAGGAGGAAGAAUUUGUGCUGAUAAAAAAGUAGUAAGUAAAGCAAGAAGUGUUGGAAAAGAAAUGGUUAAGUAAAUAGGUAAAAAAAUCUUAUCAGGAUCUCUGAAUCUUACAAAAGUAAGUUUUCCUAUUAGAGUUAUGAUUCCUAAAACUGCAUUGGAAACAGCUGUUCAUGGAAGUAAUAAAUUUUAAUUAUAUGAGCCUCAAUAUUUCCAUUAUAUAUAACAAAGGCAACAAUGACUCCAGAUUUUUUGGAAAGAUUUAAAUUAGUUAUUACAGCAACAUUAUCAUCAUUUUUUUGGACCAAUACAUUUUUAAAACCUGUAUGAUUAAAAUUAAUUUAGCUUAAUCCAAUAUUAGGUGAAACUUUACAAGCAUCAUAUAAUGAUGGAACUUAGAUAUAUUGUGAAUAAAUUAUGCAUCAUCCACCUGUAAGUUAUUUUUUAGUUUAUGGACCUAAUAAAAAGUACAAAUAUUAUGGAUAUUAUUUGGUUGAAGGAAGAGCAGGAUUAAAUUCUGUGACAGUAUACUACACUUAUUUCUAUAUUAGAUUAUUAAUAAAGGAAAACGAUCAAUUGAAUUCAAUGAUGGAUAAAAGAUUGAUUUUGAUUUUCCAAAUGAACUUUAUAGUGGUACCUUCUUUGGUUAAUUGAGAUAAGAAUCAAUUAAUAAAAUUACAUUUUAAGAUAAAGCAAAUGGACUUUAAUGCAUUAUUGAUAUAGGAAAAGUUAAAAAGAAGUAAUUGUAUAGACUAAAUUUAGAACUUCUGAUUAUUUCCAAGCAGAUAUCACAUGUAAAGGAUAAAAAGUUUCAACAGUAUUUGGAACAUAUAUUGGUUUCAUUAAUUUUGACAAUGUCAGAUAUUGGGAUUAUAGAUAUGUAGUUCCAUUCAAAAUUAAAAUGGAGAAAUAGCCACUUGAAAGUGAUCAUAAGAACCGAUCUGAUUUAUAAUCUUUGAAAGCAGGAGAUAUUCCUAUGGCUUAAAAAAAUAAAGAGCUUCUUGAAAACAUAUAAAGAAAUGACAGAAAACUUAGAGAACAAAAUGAAAAAUAAAAGAAAUAGAAAAAAUGAAUUCAAAGUUAGUGUUAAAAUAUAAUAAAAUCAAUCGAUCAAUC